GGGGAGGCGGGCCCGGCGGCGUUAAACCUCCCCCGGGCCAUGUCCCGGGCGGCCUGAGCGGGGCAGCCCCCAUGCGGCGCCGGUAGCGCCCGUCAGCGACCGUAGCCGAGCGCAGCGCUAUGGCCGACGCGGCGCCCGCUGAACCGGGGCCGGAGCCCCAGUGCGAAGCGGAGCCUCGCUCCGAGCCCGAGGCGCGGCCGGAGCCGCAGUCCGAGCCCGAGCCGCAGCCCGAGCGCGGAGAGGCGCCGACGGAGGACGGCGAUGCCGGGCGGCUGCCGCCCCCCGGGGCGGAGGCGGCGGCGGCGGGCGGCGCCGAGGGGCGGCCGCCGGCGGGCGGAGCGGGGCGUCCCGGCCUGGGCCCGCGGUACCGGGCCGUGGGACGCACCGAGGAGUGGCCGGUGAAGAAGAAGCACCGUCGGCGGCCGUCGAAGAAGAAGCGGCGCUGGAAGCCGUACUCGAAGCUAAGCUGGGAGGAGAAACAGCAGUUCGACGAGCGGCAAAGCCUCCGCGCCUCCCGGCUGCGAGCGGAGAUGUUCGCCAAGGGGCAGCCGGUGGCUCCCUACAACACCACGCAGUUCCUCAUGGAGGACCAUGACCAGGAGGAGCCCGACCUGAAAACCGGGCUGUACCCGCGGCGAGCGGCCGCCAAGUCGGACGACACGAGCGAGGAGGAUUUCCUGGACGACGCGGCCGACGAGGACGGGGGCAGCGACGGGAUGGGGGGGGACGGCAGCGAGUUUCUGCAGAGGGACUUCUCGGAGACCUACGAGCGGUACCAUGUGGAGAGCCUGCAGAACAUGAGCAAGCAGGAGCUGGUGAAGGAGUACCUGGAGCUGGAGAAGUGCCUGUCGCGCAUGGAGGAGGAGAACAACCGGCUGAGGAUGGAGAGCAAAAAAGCCGGCGGGGAAGCGGCGGACCCGGCGCGGGUGCAGGCGCUGGAGCGGGAGGUGGACAGGCUGCGAGCCGAGAACCUGCGGCUGCUGCGGGAGCAGGAGCUGCUGCCCCGGCAGGAAAAGGGCCCCUGCAAGCCGGGGGAGUGACACUGGGCCAGGGGGGCGCGGGGGGGUUUUUACAGUGCUGGGUGGAACAUUCGGUCCUUGUACAGAGUCGCCGCGGACCCUUUUUACGGGCUAAACUGCAGCUGGGUGGGCCGAGGGCUCCCCCUUUUUUAGGUGGCUGUGAUGGGGUGAGGGGGGGUUGAUGUAUUGGUGAUAUCUGGUUUAUGGUUUUUUUUUUUUUGUUUUUGUUUUUUUUUUUUUUUUUUUGU